GGCCAGGGCCGGGAGGCUGGAGUACCUUCCGCGGCCAGCCGGCUCAGGCGCGUUAGCGGUGCGCGUGUCGAGAGAUACGUGUCCCGACUCGGCCUGGCCCUGCGGCAAAGCCUGCGGCGUGCUCUGCGGGCGCGCGCGGCGGUUUGAGACCUCUGGUGAGGCCAUGACGACCGGCGCCCGGAGGGCGAAAAUUCUUCAGCUGUUAAGCUUAUUGGUGUGUUUGGGUGUGAAUCGCUAACAAAGGUGGGUCUGACCCAUGAAUGGUGGAGGAUGCUUGGGCACGUACAAACGGACAUGGGCGACUUGGCAUCGGACGCCUUUGGUCUCGAGUUCGCGCCGAUUACAAUCGACCAGUGUACCAGGGACACGGCAGAGAUUAUUGAAAAAUCAACCAAACAAGACCACUCUGGCAAGUUCUUUGACCGGACCAUCGAUAGCAUCUACCUGUGGUAG